AUGUCCAAUACGAUCCGCCACCACAGGAGGCACCACUCCUGGCCACACUGUGGCUCCGAGCUGUGCAUGCGCGCACCAUCAAGCGCAGAGUUCCGUCUCUUCAACCCAACCCCCGACCUCCCACGCCACCCGUCAUGGUCCUUUCAACAGGCUGCAAGCAUCCCGCCCAUUACAGAAGACGGUCCCGGCGGAGACGACGCCGAGAUGGCAGGGAUCGUGCGCCAGUCCUCCCGAACGCAUCGUCUCUGGUCUCGUCCUAUCCAAGGCCUCCGCCCGAGCGACGUCCCGGUCUCCGCAAUGGCAGAUUCCCGGAAGCACGUGCAUAGAAGUGUGCUCCGGCGCCUGAUCCGCCGUCCUGCACUGGACAAGACUCGUUCGCUGUUUGUGAUGCCGACCAUGAUGACGGUGGGCGAUCAGUCUCGGAUUUCUGGCUGGAUGCCGCCUCGGUGGUCUGCGCGGCCGGUCGUGGUGGUUGAGAGGUCUCGUGCAGCGGGACCGAUCCUUGCUACACCCCAGUUCAUGGCAGAGCGGAGACAUCGGCGGUGUCAUUCGGAGCAGCCACGGUCUUGGAAGGAGCCCAGUGUGGGACUUUGGACGUUGCAGGAGGAAUGA